AUUCAAGCUUCAAUUACUGCUUGGCUAGUUUAGAGAAACAGGUGUCAGUCAGCUUGCUUUUGGAUUGUUUAGAGGAGGUUUCCAUUGGAUAUGGGCAAAAGUUUUCAGGAAUAGAAUUGUUGCAGUUUGGGUGUCGAUUCAGUAUGAAUAUCAAUGUCAACAUUUGGGAGUUGAUCCUACGAGAAAGUGUCAAUGCGGAUUUUGGAUGUUCACAAGCAGAUAACUCAUCUGUGAAUGCUGUCUACCAAUCAAACCUUAGAGCCCUAUUGGAUUCAUUAGCUAGAAACGUGCCUUUUAAAGACGGGUUUUUCUAUAAUGCCAGUGUUGGAAAUGCUUCAGAUGAUCAAGUUUAUGGUCUGGCGUGGUGUCGAGGGGAUGUUUCUCGGGAUACAUGCUCCGAGUGUUUGAACAGGACUAUCAGCGUACCUUUAGAAGAGUGUCCUGAAAGCAAAGACUUUGUAUCAUGGUCUAGUUUAUGUAGUUUAAGGUUCAAGAGUAACAGUUUUUUUGGUGAGCUUUGGAAUAGCACGUCGUCAGCAACUUAUGGUGGAAAUGGACUUGAUGAUCCUUUGGUGUUUUCAAAGGGGUUCUCCAUGAUGGAAAGUUUAGCAAGAAAUGUUACUAAUGGACCAUUGAUGUUUGAGAGUAGUGUUAUAGAUGUUGGGAAUGAUGGGAAGAGGUAUGGGCUGGGGCAGUGUAGUCGAGAUUUGAGCAAGUUGGAUUGUCAAAACUGCUUGGAGGAGCUUCUAACGACUUAUCAGACGAACGUGUUGAAUCAAACAGGGUGGGAAAUGCACACAGUAAAUUGUGGAAUGUGGUAUGAUGAUGAUGCUAGUUUUUCCAACAACGGUACAUUGCCGACUCCUGGUUCAGAUGCUUCAGGGCCGACUCCUUGUCCAGAUGCUUCAGGAUGUGGAGAAAGAUGGUACAAAGGAGAGAUGAUCUUGGCUUUGAUAGCAUUAUAUGUUAUGUUUAACUGAGUUCCAAGAAGAUGUAAACCACGUAAAGAAUGGAUUAUUUGUGUUCUGUUUUGUUUGUAUAUCCUAUCAAUAAUGCAAUUAAACAUAUUCAAAUGAACGUGGUUGUUUGACAUAGUACUGCUGUACUGGUAUUAUAAUUUAAAAGAUUUAUUAAUUGGAAUAAAGACUUCAUUA